AUGUUUUUACCAAGGCAAGUUAAUAUUCGCAACAAACUAACAGGAAGGGAUAAUUUAUCGACUCAGACAGCCUUGGUUAAGGAAAAUAAAAAUACAAGUGGGUCUAAUACAGCUUCUUCAAAUAUCUUUACAAAACGAGUUCCUGAGAAAGUCGAUAACUUGAAGCCAGAGUUUAUUCGUGCGGUAGAAUGUAUGAUUGAAAUACUAUUCUAUAAAGAAAGUGAAAAACAAAAAUUCCAUUUGACUUAUUUAAUUAAUAAAGAAGAAUUUUGGCAGGGGUUAAAACCGUCUCCUACUCAAGCUAACGUAAAACAAUGUGUUAAAACUAUAAAAAACAAACUGUUUACUUUCGAUGAAGAGUCGCAUUUCAUCAUCAGGAACGAGUAUAAGCUUGAUUCCAACUUGGAUUUAUUCGAGCGAAUAGUAUAUGUGGAGCCGUUUCCAGCAACUGUGUCUAACAAGCCGUUUUUGCUGGCCGGGCUGUUACGAGAAUUUUUUUCUGGAUUUCUUCCCUACCUUGAUGUUAUCCCUACUCCUGAAGGAUACGCUUUUUUGGUACUGGCUCAUUCGAUAUCACAAGAAACUCUCGCAUCUCUUGUCGUUCCCCAAGGUUGGAACAUUCUGUCAAGGGAAGAAUGGACCAAAAGGGAAGAAAUGUACAUGGAAUAUCAAGCCGAUUCUGUGAAAUCUUCUAGAAGGGCGUCUUUCAUAGAACCUAGGACUCCAAAUCAAUCGUUUCGCAGGAGUCAAAAUGAAGCAGUUUCUUCUUUUCCAAAACACCAAGAACAUCGAUUUAAAGCAUUGGACAAUUCUGGUGAACAGUCGCAAAGGAAGACUUUGGAAACUGAAAGAUAUUUUCCAAAAGGACUUUUAACAAGGCUAACUAAUCUACAUCGAUUGACAAAUAAAAGCACCAUUCAAAGCUUACUACAUUAUGUUUUCUCCCGUCAAGACCCUACAGGAGUCUGUGAGCCAAUGUACAUUGACUAUAGAAAGGACGAAACAGAAGCCAUAGUGAGAUGGAAGUCACCUGAACAGGCAAAUUUAUGUGUGAAAUGCUUCUCAGAUCAGCAUAGGAAGCAAGACACCCAUGAUGAUAUUCGUGCACAUAGAAAACACAAUAAGACUGGUCCAUUCAUUUCCGCCGAACUAAUAGAAGGAUCUGAAGAACAAUCGUACUGGAAUCAGAUUCACGGAAAAUUAAAAAAAUAA